AUGGACGAUGCGGAAGACCGGGGGCACCUCUAUGGCUAUGGGGAUCCCACAGCAAAACGCUCCAAGUUGCAGGAGAUCGUCGAGCAACGCGAGAAGGAUGUGGCUGCUGCGAAGGCUCAGAAAGCGUCAGAGGACUUGCGGAAAGAUGUCCUGAAGUUUCAAGAGACUUUCGGUCCGCCACAGUCCUUGGCAGAUUGCAUUGCGGAAGCAGAAGAAAAGUCCUGGGCCUUGGCGCUGGCCGCGGAGUUCAAGCGGGCGUCGCCUUCCAAGGGUGACAUCAAUCCAGACUUGGACGCUGCAGAACAGGCCUUGCAGUAUACCCAGGUGGGCGCCAGCGUGCUGUCGGUCUUAACGGAGCCCAAGUGGUUCAAAGGUUCCCUCGAGGACUUGAGGCAGGUGCGCAUAAAGACGCAGGAGCUGGACUGCGUGGAAGCUGGAGAUGUUCUUUUCGAUAGAAUGGUCCAAGAGCGCUGGUCAGCGGCGACCCGCUUGUCUGCGGAAGGACGAAAGAAAACCUGGCAUGGCAUGGCUCAGAUGUUGGGAAUUAGACUAGACUUCGUCAUCGACAAGUACCAGGUGGACGAAGCUUUAGCACAUGGUGCCGACACGGUGCUGCUGAUGGUGUCCAUUUUGUCCAAGAGCAAGCUGCAAGCUUUGGUCAGCUACUGUCGAGAGCACCAGAUGGAACCCUUGGUCGAAGUGGUGACCGCGCAAGAGCUCGAGCUGGCUCUCGCGGUGAAAGCUCGUGUGAUCGGAGUGAACAACCGCAACUUGCAUACCCUGGUGCUGGACAAGGAUCGGACUUGCUUCAUCGCCCAGGAGCUCCGCCGCCGCGGCGUAGCCUUUGGCGCCGGCGAAGAAACGAAGCUGCUGGCGCUCAGCGGCUUGGCCACGGCGGAGGAUGUGGCGCAGUGCCGUGCCAUCCGUUGCAGCGGAAUCUUGGUCGGCGAAGCUUUGAUGAGAGCCGCAGAUCCAGGCAGCGCCAUUCUCAGCAUGAUGGGUACUUCCAAGGAGGAAAGCGCCCUACCCAGCACGGCCAGCGAAGUCUUGGUGAAGGUCUGUGGCGUUCGCCGCGUGGAAGACGCCUCCUGCGCCAUCGCGGCGGGCGCCAAUUUGAUUGGCGUCAUCUUCGCGGCUUCAAAGCGCCAGGCCAGCCGUGAGCAGGCCACGGUGACACGGUGGGUCACAGCCAAGGAGGUGAUCAGCACCGUGCGUCGCUUCGGCGAGCGCCAAGAGCGCGCGAAGCGCGCAGGAGUUUCGGCCCAGUUUUUUCUGGCGGUGAAGGGAGAUUCCAAUGGCUGGUCCCAUGGUGCAGUGGCGCUGCGCAAGGCGUGUCGAUGUCCCUUAGUGGUGGGUGUCUUCAUGGACCAGCCACUGGAGGAGGUGAGUGCUACGGCCCUGGCGGUGGAGCUGGACGUGGUGCAGCUGCAUGGCGCGGAGGAUGCCAAGUUCGUGGAGGAACUGCAGAAGUUGCUGCCAGACACAUGGCUUAUCAAAGUGGUGCAUCUGCCGCCGAAGACCUCCGCAAAGAACGGGGAGGGCCAACUGGCCCAACUGAAGGAGAAGUUGUCGCUCGCCAUGGCUGGGCCAUUAUCUGAUAGGUCAUCCUACAUCUCCUGUGAUGCGAUUUUGCUGGACACCGCAGUGAAGGGCAGCAAUUCGGGUGGCACUGGUGCGGCCUUUGAUUGGAACGUGGCCAAGCAUUGUCAGGAGAUCGGAACGGGGGAUUUGGGGAUUUGGUGCGGUGAAAGGCAGUUAUUUUUUAACGCCGCCUCUUGA